AAAAAGAGAAACUAAAGAUAACAGAGGUAGAGAGGGGGAGGGGGAGUCGCGGUGCUAAAGCUUCAAGACAAAGAAUAAACCUUUUGGGGAAAAACUUGAUAUCCAACCACGUUCACUUCCACAUCUGUGUUUCAUUAUACACGAUAGAUAUAGGUCUACAUAAUUAUAGUUGUGAAAAACUGAAAUAAUCGCAUGUGAUUGGCUCGGAGUACAUUGCGCCAUAGAAACGCUUGAAGGUUGUUCCUGAUGACACUCUCACAAGCAAUCGCAAGGCGGGCGGAUCUUUCUUCUGGUCCAGUGCACAGUCCCCUUUGCUUGAGAAAUUGACCAAUGAACAAGCGGUCAGCGGCUAGCUGUUCAUCUGCCACUCCCCUGGCAUGUUACACAUGAAAUGUUUGACCGAUAGGCUGAAAAAAGAAAGCAGAUGCCUUGUAUCGACCAGUGCGCAUCCACUCUUCAAAGCAGCCUCAUAUCGGCACAUCGUCAUUGAGAGGAAAAUCAUCUCAUAUUUUGUUCGUCAACAAAAAAUAAUUCAAAAGUUUUUAUUCGUUCUUACGUUUUCGAAAAGAAAAAGUUAGCAUAACCCCAUAUGCUUACGAACUUUAAAUUGAAAUUUGUUUUAUCAAAAUUUGUAAAUUCAUACUUUCCAUCAUCGAACUUUGAAGUUCAACAUUUACAUCUUCAAACUUGAAAUCACAGUUAUCAAUACUGUUGCCGAGUUGGAAAAGGGUGAACUACACCAAUAUUGUCUACUUCUAAACCAUUUAUCCCGUUUACGAAAGGAAGGUCAUUUUCCAUUUUCGUCAUCAGCUGCGUCAUUUCAUCUUUACUUCGGCUGAACUUGAAAUACUUAUAAUAAGGUGAAAAGAUUCAAAACGAUUCUUCAAUCGGACUGGUAUAUCUGACUUGCGGUGUUGACCUAGCCUGUCGCGGCGCCACGAGGAUAUAGGCGUGAACUACAUCAUCCACAACGCCGAGGAGGAGCAGCAAUCCAACCGGUUGACCUGUUACACCCAACCGAGAAGUCAUUGAUUGACUCCCCGCAAAUCUCCCGUCCAUUCUUGACCAUGCCCCGUGCAUUUCUUGUCAAACACAAGCGAGCUCGAGUGGAUAGCAUAGCGGAUGAGCUGUUAGCUCGUCAUGAAAUGGUCCAUGGUGAUGAAGAGGGGAUGCACAUGAGGGGUCCUGAUCAAGGAUUCUCUUCGUCACACUUCGGCCAAAACAUAUAUCCGGAAGGUCUGUCAAAGCGUGAGCUUAACGCCAUAGAGAUGGAUAUGGAAGCACGAGGAUUGAAAAAUAUUCACCCUGCUUACACACUAGCUCCUGGUUUAUAUCCUCCAACACCACCACUCCUUCGCAUGUCCACUGGUUCAGCCUUUGAGAAAGUUCACCCUGGAGUACCCAUGACGGAGAAUCUUGGAAUGGGAUAUGGUCCUCUACCUGGUAGUAUAGACCCACAACGUUUGGUUCUUAACCCUUGGUUGGCUAGUUACCACGAGAUCACGGGUCAUAACAUUCUUCGUGAUCGUCUCUUGAGCCAUCCUGGUUACCUCAUUGCAGAUCCUAAAUGCGGACUUUAUCAAGUGCCACCUCGCGGUUAUGCGUCAAAGCCUCUCGAUGAACCUCUGAAUCUUAAGAUUCGUGAGCAGUCACAUGAAGAACAAGUAGAUGAGCAUGAAGAAUUCUGUAGAAUUUCCAAGAAAUCUCAUCCAGAAGAUAUGUUAUCCUUAAAGAAACACUCUCUGGGAGGGCCAGUCAGACUUCCUGGAGCAGGAUCUGCAGAUGAUGAAUACCCGCGAUAUCAUCAGAUGUCUUCAACAACUGCCAUUCAUCCAUCAUCCUACCCGUUUAUUGGUAUUCCAUAUGGUCAUCUCCUGGCCCAUAAGUAUUCUGGUGGCUUCGGCCUAAAGCCACUCGAUCGCAAUCAAUAUCCGAGCCGUAGAGGACGACCAGGGGUGGAAAUGUCCCCGCCAACAGCAUCCCAUGCGCCACCACAGCCUGACAUUGAAAAUCCACCAAUAUGCAAUGUGAAGCCAACAUUUAACGAACAGGAAGAAAGCAGCGAUUCUGCUUCACCUUUAACGAAUGCAUAUGAGAGUCCAACUAUCCUAAAUCAACCACGUUUCCCUGUUUCUCAAACAAGCAUUGAAGAUGACGAUAGUGGUGAUCAGUCACCUUCUUCACCAACCGGUGGGAAGCGACUCACCAGGCAACCCAUUUUGGGAGUAGAGUAUAUCCAAAACGGCAUCGAUAACGAACUCCACCAUGACGCAGACAGCAUCCAGGACUCAGAACAACAAUUUCUCCUGCAAGACUCCGAAGAACAGUAUCUUCUGCAGGAUGGACUAAAUCCCAUCUCAGAGGGCGAUAAAAAGACUGACAGCGAGUCCAACAUGGAUGACAGAGCCAUCCUUCCCCUGAUUCCAAAAUACACAGGAGAGACUAAAGGUCGAAGGGCAAACAGUGCAAAGACACCUCAACCCCGGAAGUACAUAUGUGACGUUUGUGGCAAGGGGUUCAGCAGAAGCAACACAUUAGUCACUCACAAGCGCAUCCAUACAGGAGAUAAACCCUUCGCUUGUGAACUAUGCGGAAGAGCGUUCCGACAACCCGGGAACCUUACCCGACAUCGCCUGACCCAUACUACGGUCAAACCUUACGUGUGCACGCAGUGUGGAAAGGCGUUCAACCGAGCAUCGAAUCUUCACACUCACAUGAGAACCCAUACCAACUACAAACCAUUCGUGUGUCAGUACUGUGGCAAGGGAUUUCAUCAGAAGAUUGAUAUGAAGAUUCAUUCCUAUACACACACUGGUGAAAAACCGCACAAGUGCAAGAAAUGUGGGCGUGGCUUCAAGCAGUUGACCCACUUGACCUACCAUAUGCGCACGCAUUCGGAGGUCAAGAUGUAUACAUGCGCCUACUGUGGGAAGGGUUUCAACCAGAAAGGAAAUCUACAGGCACACAUCUACCGACAUACUGGUGAGCGUCCUUACCGCUGUGAAGUUUGCAACAAAGGUUUCACAUUGGCGAGUACUCUUAAUACUCACCGCCGCACACACGCCGAUAAAAAGCCGUUUGCUUGUCAGUACUGCGGUAAAGAUUUUUACCAACGUAAUGCCUUGAAAAGUCAUCUUUUAGCAUCUCACCCAUACACUGAUGGAGAAAGCUUAUUAUAGGCAUCCUUCUCUUAUACGAUUUGUAUUGUUUUAUAUAGAAUUGAGCAAAGACCCGACAACUCGUGUCUUAUUAUUUAUAUUGAAAUCAUCUUUCUUUUCAAUUUUUAAGCCAGAAUUUGGAAUACGUUUUAUUGCAAAGUAUAUACCCGGAAAAUGGUUUCAAAGAAUUUUAUUUAGAUAUUAUUGUUCAGGGAUACGUUUCAUCAACAUUUUUGUCUAACAUGUUGUCAGAUCUGACAACUUGCAUUGAUUCUGAUUGGCUGACAAGCACUGUUACCAUAGUAACUGUCGAAAAAACAGGACUUGUCGGAUAAAACUUAAGACAAGUUAUUUCAUGACACGCUCACCAGGUGUUUGACGAACUGACAUACGGUCAUACUACUCAAAACUUGAUGAUUUACGAUAUUUUUUUUCAAAAUAUGAUUGCAAAUAUUUCAAUAAUCAUUUACAGCUCUGUACGACAAAUACAGUAUGUCGAUUUUAGUGCUUAAUAUUCUCAUAACCAACUUGGACAGGUAUUUGAAUGAUUUAAUUCCUCUCUAAAAGUAUGUUUCCAUCCAAUCUACCUGUAAGAUAUCAUAUAUUAUUUGCCUUUACCUAACAUCAUGUAUUAUUCAUUAUUUUGCUGAUGUUAAAUACUUAAUACUUUUAAUCGUUUUUUAUAAUAUUGUUAUUAUUUAUGUUAAAGCCAUGUAGAUAUAUUCUUAUCUGUGAAUUCCAAGGUUAUGUGUGAAUCAUAAUGUGCAAUAUAUUAGUAGCAUAGAUAAUCAAUACUCAUCUUUUCUCAUUUUUACAAUAAGCCUUGAAUGAACAACUACUAAAAUGUAAAUACCUAUCAAACUUGUUCCAUGUAUUCAAAUUAUGUGAAAAUAAAUUCAUGUAAAUUUCAGAGAGAACAUGCAUGUUUAAAAUUAUGUUGAUGGUAAAGGUGCACCAUGCGGUGCCUUUAAGAAGGAAUAAGAAUAUAAGAAGGAAACAUUGUAUAAAACAAGAUUAUCCAAAAGUUAAAAAUAUAUGAUUUUCGCAUGUCAAAAAGUGAAAAGGUAAUGCUCAAUUUUAUGUAAUGGUAUCGUUUUUUUUUUUUUUCAUCCUAUAAUUAUUGUCAAUUAUAAUUUAUCAUCAAAUUAUACUCUAACGUGGUUAACAUUUUUGCCAUAUUAUUUGAACAAGUUUUAUUGAAAUAUAUGGUAAGUUAGGGAUUAUGAAUCUCCCUUGAUAUUUUAGCCAAUAAAUUGUCCUAUCUAACUCACCCAAUGGAACAAGUGUAUAUUUAUCAUUAGGGCAUAUCAUUGUUCCCAUUUGCUAUAUUGUAUUGGACAUGUGUAUGUAUUUAUGUAUACGUGCGCUUGUGGGGGCAAUAGGGAUGUUAGGGUGACUGGAAGUGUGUGUGUUUUUAAGGUCAAAUCCACUUCUAAAAUAUCAAUAGAGAAAAAUAAAACAAGCGUAAUGCUGAAAAUUUCAUCAAAAUCGGAUGUAAUAUAAGAAAGUUAAGACAUUUUAAAGUUUCGCUUAUUUUUCACAAAACAGUUAUAUGCAGAAUACAGUAAUAUAAAAAUGAGAGGGUCGAUGAUGUCCCUCUCAUUGUUUAAUUAAACAACAUUUCAAUUUUUAAAUAUUUGACAAUAAGGAAACAUACGAAGCCCCAAACCGGACAUUUUUGACAUC